GACAUGGAGCCUGCGGGGCCGGAGCCCUCCCUGUACACGGUGAAGGCUCUGCUCGUCCUGGACAGCCUCGGGCAGCGCCUCCUGGCCAAGUACUACGACAGCACGUUCCCCACGGCCAAGGAGCAGUUGGCCUUCGAGAGGAGCAUCUUCAGGCAGAGCCAGCGGGCGGGCGGUGAAGUCGCGAGUCUGCAGGGACUCACCGUCGUGUACAGGAGCAGCGGAGACCUCUGCUUCUACGUGGUGGGCGGCGGACAGGAGAAUGAGCUGAUGCUGUUGUCCGUGCUCACCUGCCUCCUCGAUGCUCUCAGCCACCUCCUGCAGAAGGAGGUGGAGAAGCGCCGGCUGCUGGCUAACAUGGAGGGGACGUUCCUGGUGGGAGAGAUCGUGGACAGGGGGGUGAUCCUGGAGAGUGACCCACAGCAAGUGAUCCAGCGCCUGAGCCUGCGGGUCCCAGAGCCAGCACCCUACGGCUUCGUCCUCUUUGACUACCUGUCAGGCAGCUCGGAGCAGAAGGGCUCAGGGAACAGCCACAAAUAAGCAGCACUGAGGAGGUUGGUGCCUGAGCAGAGCGUGCCCCAGGUAGGUGCUAAUGGGGGGUUGCCCAGCUUCACCCCUUAGCAAGGAGAUGGGGUGCACCCUAGCACCCAUAAUUGCUUGGCAUGAGGUGUCCCCCCCCAUUCCCAGCCAAGGGAACCCAUGCAUCUGGCUGGGAAUGGCACCCCGUGGUCAGCUUGACCCCAUCCCCAUCCCCAGGGUCUCGAUCCUGCAGCUCCUCAAGGAGAACACGGCGCCAUCCCUAUGGACGUGACCGCUCCCCUUGGAGCGGCUCUUUGGAACGGUGGGAUCCCAGCGUCGGGCAGCAGGACGCAGCAUCCCCCAUCCGACUCUGGCCACAUCCAGGCCUCCCGUCUGCCUCCAGCAUUGAGAACACCAAGGGAAAAAUGAGCCCCUGAUGGAAGGGGGCGAUUCCCCCCCGCUCCCAGCCACAAAUAAAGCUUUCCUCCGC